CGGGCGCUAGGUGCGCGCCAUGGAACAGCGGUUAGCCGAGUUCCGGGCGGCCCGAAAACAGGCCGGCCCGGGGGCGCAGUCCAGCACUUCCAGCCAGAAAGCACAAACCUCGGGAGAGAAGGCGGAAGCAGCUGCGACUCUAAAGGCAGCCCCAGGCUGGCUAAGGCGGUUCCUGGUAUGGAAACCGAGGCCCGCGAGUAUCCGGGCCCAGCCUAGCCUCGCUCAGGAGGCAGCUCAGCCUGAGGACAGCACGUCACAGCCACCGCGGAAUAUAGCCAUUCCUCCUUUGUGGAGCCGGGACCACUCUUUCCUGACCAAUAUCACCUUUCUAAAGGUUCUUCUCUGGUUGGUCCUACUGGGACUGUUUGUGGAACUGGAAUUCGGCCUGGCUUAUUUUGUCCUGUCCUUGUUCUACUGGAUGUAUGUUGGGACACGAGGCCCCGAAGAGAGAAAGGAGGGAGAGAAGAGCGCCUACUCUGUGUUCAACCCGGGCUGCGAAGCCAUCCAGGGCACACUGACCGCAGAGCAGCUGGAGCGCGAGUUGCUGUUGAGACCCAUGGAGGGGAGAUAGGACCUAGCUCUGCAGUCAUACAGCUGCCCUCAGACACGGCCUCCCUGCCCUGGGCGUGGAUUGCGUUCAGGUGCACCUGACUCAGGACAGCUUGUGGGUUAGCUCUGUGCCUGCACAGUUCUGCAUUCUUUCCCUGAUCCUCUGCUGCAGUUUUAUCUUUGAACUUCUCUUUGUUUUGGGAGAACUCUCUAAAAUUACAUCAGUGGGACUGAUACAAUUUAUAAAAAUUAUUACGUACUCAAGAAA